AUGCCAAGCGUUCACAUCAACCACCGUAUGCACCAGUACACGCUCAUUCCUCGCGAGCGGCCGUGUCAGCGUUCACCCUUAAGCAACAAAACCUAUCACGACGAUGAGGCAAACAAGUCGUCUAGCCACCGCUCCCUCAUGGAAGCUGAAUCUUUCGCACCAGACCUGCCGCCGGCUUCUCUCCCCAUCCGGUCAAUGAGCGGAGCGGUGGACAGACCGGUGCUCAGUGGACCGAGUUAUGGAAAAGAUGCAUGCGUAAGGAGCAUCGCAAGCUCUGCCUAUGGAUCCAAGACAGCAGAAGGACAUCGCAUUUCCACCAAGUGCUCCGACGUUGGACGGACCUAUGGACCAACACGACGAAAGAGUUUCCCAUUUGCGUUUGAUGUGACGCUCACUGCUCACGGCUGCGAUCCUUGCGAUACCGGAAAGUACCUGCGCUCUCUGACCGAGGCUUUGUCAACCGACCCAAUCAAUCGUUGGGACGAAGCCUGA